AUGGGUGAUCUCAACGAGCCAGGCAUCAUUGAAAGGGCCAUCGCACUGGCAGAGAUCCAUGCCACACUUGGGGCAUAUGCUGUUGCAGCAAGGGACUCCAGUAGCUUGGAAGAAAAGCUCGAUACCCUCACACCGGACGCUGAGAUCGACCUUCCGACCGGGCUUCGAAUGCGAUUUGCAGACUUCUUUACAGGCAACCCAGGAAACAGAGAUCGAUACUUCCGCCAUCAUGUCACUUCUGUUGCUGUAAGAUUCACGGGAAAAGACACCGCCGAAGCUAUAUCACAGAUUUUUGCAAUUACGGGCCAAGCCACGCCGGAUCACUGGGGAGAAUGGAGAGAUACAUUGGUCAAGGUCGAGAGUGGCAGAUGGCUGAUCAAGGAGAAGAUCAUUGUUGUGGAUAACUGGGACCCAAAAGGAUGGUAUGCAGGUGCUUUUGGGAGUCAAACCCAUCGCGAUCGCCCUCAAUAG